AUUACAUAAUGUUUUCUACCGCGUUCAAAAGCGUCAGCGUCACCACAUCGAUGUCUCCUACCUACGUCUAAAUACCCUACCAGUUAACCUCGACUUUAAUUUUCUUCUUUUCCGGCUCAUUCGCGACUCACGAGUGGUACUUAGCGAGCUUCUUCGCUAUUAGGUAUCCGUAUCUAAAGCUUUGAAAAAGUAAACACCGAAAUACCAUAAGGUACUUAACACGUGUUUUUCAUCUUCUCGAACGAAAAAAUCAUGCGCGAAAAGAGUUAUUUUUCUCGGUGUUUUCGAAUUCGGUGUCGGAUGCGUUAUCCCAUUACACAGGUUGACAUAAUGAUACGUACCUGGUAGCACGUAAAUGAAUUAUGCAUUAAACUGGUUACUUAACUCAAUUCAAGGUUGACAUGUGAAACUCGCCGCUACAUUCGCGCGCGGACUGUUAUCAUAACACCGAGUCGGAGUCAUUAUCUCGUUGUGUGUUUACUCGCGUCACUUCACAAUUGAUAACGCGACUCGAUGAGCAUACAGUAGGUGAAUCGCGAAACCAUUCGGUAGUUAUAUACUUUCUACUACAGUGCUAGUGCUCCGUAAAUUUCGCGAUGAGUUCGCAAAAGAAACCUUUAACUUACGACGAAACACUUCGGCUUCGUCGACUCCACAUCGGCGCUUCUUGUCCACUUUUCUUCAGCCAACAGCCUUUGAAAAUCGUUCGAGCCAGAGGCCAAUACAUGUACGACGAACAAGAUAACCGAUAUUUGGACUGCAUCAAUAACGUAGCUCACGUAGGACACUGUCAUCCUCAAGUUGUGGCCGCCGAAACUGCUCAAGCAGCUGUGCUCAACACCAAUUCCAGGUUUUUGAACGAUAAUCUCGUGCUGUAUGCUGAAAAGCUGACAUCCUUGUUCCCGGAACCACUAUCGGUAUGUUUCUUUGUAAACUCUGGCUCCGAAGCUAAUGACUUGGCUCUGCAACUGGCCAAAUGUCACACCAAACGAGACAACGUCAUCACCGUCGAUCACGCUUACCACGGACACUUGUCAGAUGUUUUGGCCAUCUCGCCAUACAAAUACAAUAAACGCUCCGACUACAAAUUACCAAGCUGGGUUCACGUAGCCCCAUCUCCGGACUCGUAUCGUGGUAAAUACACCAGCGAGACGUACUCGGACGAAGACCUAGGACGAUUGUACUCGGACGAAGUGAACAAACUGAUCGAAAAAAUGGACGGAAAAGUGGCCGCGUACAUUGUAGAAAGCCUGCAGAGCUGCGCUGGCCAAGUGAUGCUGCCAACCGGAUACCUUCGUCAGGUGUACAAAUACGUUCGAGAUGCCGGAGGAGUCUGUAUCGCUGACGAGGUUCAAGUCGGUUUCGGUCGAGUUGGAACUCACUGGUGGGCUUUCCAAAUGCAAGGCGAUGAUAUCGUGCCGGAUAUCGUUACUUUGGGCAAACCGAUGGGUAACGGGCAUCCGACCUCUGCUGUGGUGACAACUCCCGAAAUCGCUGCCAGCUUUUACGCCGUUCAAGAAGACUGGUUUAGCACAUUCGGAGGUAAUCCGGUAUCUUCGGCCAUUGGCUCAGCUGUCAUUGACGUCAUCGAAUCGGAGAACUUGAUCGAACACGCUCGCAAAGUCGGCCUAUACCUGCUCGAGCUACUCGAACCUUUGAGAUCGAAGCAUAAAUUAAUCGGAGAUAUACGAGGCUACGGUUUAUUCGUCGGCAUCGAGUUGGUUACCGAUAGGACAACUAAGGAUCCGGCUACUGAACAGGCCAAGUACGUUUUGGCUCAGAUGAAAUCCAAAUUCAUUAUUUUGAGUCGAGAUGGACCCCAUGAAAACGUUCUCAAGUUGAAACCGCCGAUGCCAUUUAGUAAUGAAGACGCCGAAUACUUCGUGAAAACUUUGGACGAUAUUUUAACGCAAAUGUAAACGAACCAAGUGUGCCAAACUCGUUUCAACAUUAAAAAAUGAGCUAUUUACGUUCGUAAAAAAAAAAAAAAACAGGAUUUACACAAAAUCGCGCUUUUUAGCAGAUUUUCUGAAAAAUUCAUUUUUUUUCAACAAUAGUCUCCAGUUCUUCGAAAAAGUGUACGAAGUUUGACUUUUUUUUUACCGGAAAUUGCCAUAAAAGUCUUUCCUUUUGCUAAAAUGGUCAACGUUUUGCUUCUUGUCAAAAAUUCUCAGUUUUUCAAAAACGUUAAAAAUUUUUAAUUUUUUGCAAAAUGGUUGAAAAUUAUUGCAUUUUUGCAAAAAAAUUCCAAAAAGUCUCACUCUUUUCCAAAAAUUGUUCAAGUCUUGUUUUGUUUACAAGAACUGCGAAAAUUUAUCAACGUUUUGCUUUUGGUCAAAAAUUGACAAAAUCCUCACUUUUUUAAAAUUUGCCAAAAUUUUCACUCUGGAGAAAUUAUUGCUAAUGAUCGUUGCUUUUUGCAAAAAAUGUCAAAAUAUCCCAUAUCUUCUUCAAAAUUGUCAGAAAUAUUCACUUUUUCAACCAAAGUUACAAAAAAAUUCAUUUUUUUCAAUAAUAUUGACAUCUGGCGAAAAAACGCUCUGUUUAUAACAAAUUUUUUUAAAUUCUAGCUUUUUGCCAGAAAUUGCCAAAUGACUUUUUCUGGGCUAAAAUUGUUAAAAUCUUGCAUUUUGCCAAAAAUUCUCAAAAAUGAAAAAACUUUUUUGAUUUUUAGCAAAAUAGCUAAUUUUUUUGCAAAAAAAUUUUUCGUGGCAAAAAAUUGUCCAGAAAUCCCAGAAUUAAUCCAAAUUUUCAAAAUCAAAAAACAAAACUGUUUUUUGGUCAUUUUCCUCUUCAUUAAAAUGACUGUUUUUUUCAUGUUAUGUCAUUUUCUCGGUUAGGUACUUUUUGGCUACUUUUUCGAGCUUUUUUGGUUAAUAAAAGUAACUUUUUUCGGGAAAAAUUGACUACGAGCCUUGAAAAUGUCGUGUCUAAUUUUUUUAUCCAUUUCAUUUUAUUAUUUAGUAGGCUAAUAAACGUACAAACUAUUUGCAAUGAGUUAUUCUAGUCCCUGUGUAAAAAAAAUUCGAACAAUUUUUUAUCGUGGUUGGAAAAUUACCCUUUAUUAUGAAACCAUCUUUUCCCAGAAUACAUUAUAUCGUCUUAAUUCACGAGACUUGUACAUAAUAGUUACCAUAAUAAUGAUAAGAGCGUUGUGUAAAUAUUACGUAAUAGUUUAUGCUACCUACCUAAAUAUUGUAUUAUUCGUUACUAUUAUUUUUUUUAAAUCGUCGUAUGCGUUAAUUACCUUGUACCUAUUAAAAUCAGUUUCGAAAAUUUCCAAUAA